GUGGUAUGAACCCCUUGUGCCACUGGAUCGCAAUGAUUAUAGAUUCUAUUGCCCUGCGAAGACUGCACCUUUUGUUACCCAUGAAAUCUUGUUGAGAUUGGACAAAACUAUGCAGAAACCGAAAUUUGUUGGUAUUCCGUUUAAAUUAUAAGCUACCCGUUUAGAAUAAUGUCCCCUACAAUCCGAAACGUUCAGCAACCGGACGUAUUACUUGAAUUAAAGUCGUUCAUCGGAGGGGCUACUCACUCCACGAAACCGAAUCACUUCGAAUUAACAAAAGCGGCUUUAAACUUAUUGAAAACCCUUCCGGCGGCCCGCGAUGCUGUAUUGGAAUACUUCUGCACCGUGUUUAAUGUGGCGACACAAAAUUUCAUAGUUCGCAUAGAGACUGAAAUAGCGACAGGACAGUUGCCGCCUGCAACUGAAGACGAUGAGGCGAUUAUAUCGGAAAUUCAUGGUGUAAUUUGUAAUUUUGUGUCUAGUAAUGCUGAGGCAUGGGCUCCGAUUAUUAGUACAUGGUCAUUAGAAUUACUGGGCGAGUUGUCUACACGAUACGCGGGACGAGCUCAUGUUUCUACUAGUGUUAACGAAACUCUUCAGCUGUGGAUGAGUUGUCGAGCAACACGAACUCUCAUCGACAUUACCACACAAUGCCUCUCUUCGCAUAUACAUUCGGAUACAGAGGCUUGUAUCAAUGCUUUAUUAGAUACAUCUGUGAAACACUCUCCCAACUUCGAUUGGGUGGUCGCACAUGUCGGUAGUUGCUUUCCAACGACAGUCAUUACAAGAGUGUUGUCAUGCGGAUUAAAAGAUUUCUGCCAAAAUAAAUCUUACGAGCAAGGAAGCCAAUCGCCUAAACUAAAGUCAGUUGUCGGUAUUUUGGGACAUCUAGCUGGAAGUCACUGUGAAGAUAUUCAUACUGCACUGCUCGAUCUGUUUAACUGGAGCUUGAAGCCAUUGUCGCCCGGAGAUCAGGAAGAUUGUAAGUUGCAGAAGAAGGCAACCGUACCGUUUCUGCUGCAGUUGGCGUAUCUAUCACCUACAAUUUUGGUAGCGAUUUCAAAGGACAUUUGUGAGACACUGACUCUCUCUGCCGUAACGCAACUAUGCAGGUUUAUUGAUGACUGGUGUAAAUACUUUGGGUCACCUGAUGCCUUAAAGGAAAUCAUAAUCAACCUAAUCAUAAAGUGUGAAAUAGGAGGAGUACAAAUCAUAAACAUCUUCCUGGAUUGUAUUCUAAUCGAGAAUGUUUCCAUCGCUAAUACAAUGAAGAACAGUAUACAAAAGUGCGCGCAGGAAAUGCUCGAACAUCUACUUCAAGAAAUCGAUUCCUUGGUACGGGCACAAUCUCAACAUCCUAACACCGUCAUAAACAUUCUCGACUCGUUCAUCCGCGAAGUGGCCGAAUUAGACGAGAUUCUCACCUCCACACAGUUGAAAGCUAGCACCGCUGCGAAAAUAAUAACAUUUAUUGGUCACAAUAAUCCGUCGGUCUUGGUGAAAUCUUGCGCGCAUCUGUUCAAAAAUGCGACCACGAGCGAGCACUUGGCCUCGUUGGUUUACAUUUUGACCAACGAGUUAUUGGACAAGACGCGAGAUCCCUACUGCGAAAAAGGGGGCCAUUUUGCUGUGAUAUUGCACCAAGUUGUGACACAGGCUGAAGAAAUGCCAGAUGGUUCCAAGGAAGAAGCUUACUUGCAAUUAAUUAAGAAUUUGUUAAUACUUUUACGCUGGGAAAAAAGUGAACAGUUUCCACUAUUACACUCGAACGUUAUUUGGAGAGCAGUCCACUUCAAUAUCAUUAAUUUAACCAAACUGUUCGGGUCGAAGGACUACAACCUCGAAGUGCAACAUGCCGUGGCAGAGUUACUGGAUUUUUUAAGACUGCCUUCGCUAGACGGGAUCAAUUCCUAUCCCAUCCCUCUGCAGGCGGUUUUGAACUUAACUUCUGGAGCGGUGAGGUACUUCUUUCGCUGUUGUAGCGAAUCAGAUGUAAAGAAGUUUUUGGGUCUCGGCCGAAUUAAAAACGUGCUGAAACGAGUGGUGUUGCACUCAAAAGCCGCGAAAAUGUUGGCGCUGCGCGAGUUAUUAGAAGGUGCGCUCUUUUCCGAUACCAAAAUGUUAUUCGGUGCCAAAGCGGAAUCGUCCUUGAAACCGGAUGACUUUGAAAAGUUACUGAUUGAACAAAACAGAAAGAAUAGUAAAUCCAUAGUUUUAACAAAGAACUCGUCAGUGUUGCAUGGCGGUGUCAUCGGGAAUGGUCGAAAGAAGUCCAUCUCUUCUGCAGAACUUUCAAAGGAAGCUAUCUCAGACAAUACUGAGCAAUUUCUCAGGACCCUUAAGGCGUGUUGCACCGUACCAGUAGGUGAUGAUGAUACUGCAGGUGUCGACGUCUCAGUUGAUAGCUUAACUUCUGUUUCAUUAUUGCUUGUACAAUUUGUUAGCCCUGAUGUUAUGUAUAAUGGCUUACCGUGGCCAGAAGAAGAAUUUUGCAAGGUCACAAUCGAACGCGACUUUUACAUACGAAGGUUAUUUAACGACACACCUUUACUAUGGGACUUGUUGACAUUUGUCGCAAUGUACCGACCUACCCUAUGCUACUGUUCGGUCUUGCUACGCGCAAUCACGGCGACGCUCAUUCACCAGUGGAACAGCAUAGGCGAUCAAACUCACUUGGUCGAUCCAUCAAAGUACAAAGCAAUGUUGGACACAACAACGAAAGUACUCGACGUGAUGGCGCUCGGACAAUUACUACCUCCUCCCUUGUCGAGCAUACGCGACGUAAUUCCCUACGUUAAAUGCUCUGAGAUCGUUCAGAUUUUACGAGAUUGCGUGUGGAAUUAUAUGCGCGACAACGUACCGUCGCCCGCUCUGUUUAAUUGUGAUAGCUCUGGAAUGGUCUGGCGCGAUCCGACUACGGCGAGACCUCCGGAGAUAUAUACGACGACGCUUCGUAUUAUAAUGCAACAAAAUAUCGAAACCGUGGGACACUUAUAUUGUCAUAUGUUUAUUAAAAUACCAUCCAAUGAGUAAUCCGGUUCUUUAAAAUACAAUUUACUUUUUCGAAGAA